UUCAGUAAACAAAAAUAAUGGGUGGGGCUCGUUUGCACUUUUUGAGGUUUUGCCAGAAUCUCUAAAACAGCAGCUCUAACCUUCUGCUAUUUCUGUAAGAGCUCACAGCAAAGAUAUCUAAGACAGUUAGGUGUAUGUAGAGAGUGUAGGUUAGAUACACAGCAGGUGAUCAAGCUAUACUACAAAAGUGGUUCCAAUGUCAGACACGCCCACAUUGUUUGCUCCUCAUCAAGCUGCGAAAGAGGGUAACCAUCCUCUUCUCAAGAAAGCCAGCAGGAAGGAUGUUAAUAGAGGGGAUCAAGAUGGAUGGACGGCUAUGCACUGGGCAGCCUGGAAUGGGAAUCCAGAAUCACUCAAAAUACUUAUUUCGAAGGGAGGAGAGGUUGACAAUCCUGAUAACAAAGGAAGUACUCCACUUCACAUUGCAGCAACAUAUGGCCAUGAACAAGCACUGGAACUGUUAAUCGGCAAGAAUGCAAAUCUGUUUGCACUGGAUAAUAAUGGCAGGACAGCUGCCAAAGUGGCUGCUUCCCACCAAAAAGUUGAUUGCUGUCGAUUCCUCGAUACUCUGGGUGUCCGAUGGGAAGUACAAAACCAUGAGCUUGUAACAAAGCUUAAAAAGAAGGCAAUGAAGGAUCUUCAAAAACGAACAAAGAAGGUUGGUGAGUCAAGUGGCACACGAACACCAGCUUCAUACGACUAUUCAACUGCUCCUUCUGGUCUCUCUGGAAGCCCUCGAAAGGCUGCAAGACCUCCGCGUCCAUCUUCCGGUGGCCCUACCGGAGGAAAGGGUGCCAAACUAUCUCUGCAAGACGCGCUUCGUCAAAACUUUGAGCUUCGUACAACAGACUCCACGGAGAACAUAGGCGAUGGUGGACUAGGAGCAAGUAAUAGUGCAACCGAGCUAAAUUAUCCAGGCUCAGGCAGCAGUACAUUUCGAACAGUACGUCGACCAAACCAAGGGCCUCUCAUUAAUGCUCUCUCUGGACUACCACUUAAAAUUGAAGCUGACGAUGCAAAAAAUGUACCCGGGGCUAUAGUGGCAGGUUCAAACUCAAAUGGACACCGAUUACCAAGUAUGCAAUUAAUUGGAUCCCAAGCUACUUCCUUCAAAAACGACUCCCCACUCUCAACCUUCCUGCAUUCAUUGGACCUCGUUGAUUACGUCGAGAACUUGCACAAAGAGAAGCUGGAUCUAGAAGCACUUGCAAUGUGCAGAGAGGAGGAUUUGACUAGCAUUGGACUUCCUCUAGGCCCGCGAAAGAAGAUUUUAAAUGCUAUUCUUAAAAGACGUCGAAUUAUCGCUAGUCCAAGCAAGAAAAUGACUGAGUCAGAAUUCUAGACAUGCAUCACUUAAAAUAAUAGAGAAAAAGGAACUCAUCUGUUUUGUAACCUAUAGUUAAUUCUACUUGCUAUUAAAUUAUAUUAUGUGUAUACUGUACUAGCUACAUGUUUAAUGUCUUUUUUUAAUACUGAGAUUUAGUUAUGUGUGGACAACAUG